AUGAUAUCAGUGCUAGACACAGACCGUCGUGGCAGAGACACAGACCGUCGUGGCAGAGACACAGACCGUCGUGGCAGAGACACAAACCGUCGUGGCAGAGACACAGACCGUCGUGGCAGGGGGACACAGACCGUCGUGGCAGGGACACAGACCGUCGUGGGGACACAGACCGUCGUGGCAGAGACACAGACCGUCGUGGCAGGGACACAGACCGUCGUGGCAGAGACACAGACCGUCGUGGCAGAGACACAGACCGUCGUGGCAGAGACACAGACCGUCGUGGCAGAGGACACAGACCGUCGUGGCAGGGACACAGACCGUCGUGGCAGGGACACAGACCGUCGUGGCAGAGACACAGACCGUCGUGGCAGAGACACAGACCGUCGUGGCAGAGACACAGACCGUCGUGGCAGGGACACAGACCGUCGUGGCAGAGACACAGACCGUCGUGGCAGGGACACAGACCGUCGUGGCAGAGACACAGACCGUCGUGGCAGGGACACAGACCGUCGUGGCAGAGACACAGACCGUCGUGGCAGAGACACAGACCGUCGUGGCAGAGACACAGACCGUCGUGGCAGAGACACAGACCGUCGUGGCAGAGACACAGACCGUCGUGGCAGGGACACAGACCGUCGUGGCAGGGACACAGACCGUCGUGGCAGAGACACAGACCGUCGUGGCAGAGACACAGACCGUCGUGGCAGGGACACAGACCGUCGUGGCACGGACACAGACCGUCGUGAGGGACACAGACCGUCGUGA